AAAAAGGCAAAACUGAACUUAAAAAGUUCGGACAUCUCCGCAGCAUGAAACUAGGUCAAAGGUCAAGUUAAAAUGGAGGUUGUGGGGGUGUUUCUACGAUUAUGUUUGCUUUUAGCAGUUUUUUCCAAAUUUGUGAACUCAAAUAAAUACACAAAGGAUAAGAACAUGGCGAAGGAUGAAAUUAUGAAAAUGGAGCGACCAUUCCGCAUGGCAAAAGUUAACCUUCUGUGGGAGAAAGCGAGAAAGAGACUUUCCAAAAAUCAACUAGCUGAGCUUUAUGCUGAACUCAAACUUCAUGACAAAAAAGAACUUCAGUUAAAACAGAUCAUAGCAGAUGAUUUGGAUAAGGAUGGGGAAAAGGCUGCAGGCAUUAGAAAAGAAUUAAGAGGUAUAAUGAUAAAGUAUGAUUUAGAUGACCAUUUUGAACAUGAAGAAGAUAACGAGGUGGAGAAAACUUUCAAUUCAAAACCUCGCAAAGAGGCACAGUUAAUCAAUAAAAAACUAAAGAAGUUGUGGAAAAAAGCAGAAUAUGCUGGAUUCUCAGCUCAAGAACUUGAAGAUUUAAAGCAGGAGUUUUCACAUUACCAGACAAGACUUGAUGAGUAUCACCAGUUGUUAAAUGAAGCAGAUGAGUGGCAAGAUGUUUCAGAUAAUUCAAUCAAGAAUUUUGAAGACAAUACAAUAGAUGGACAUAAAAAGAGAUCUAUCAACUCUGACUUGAAGAAAAGGCAUAAAGAUCUUAAGAUGGAUUAUGAAAGGCUAGAAUUUUUGGCUAAAAAAGUACCCGAUGGUGAAACGAAAUUCACUGAACCAAAAGUCCAUGAGUUGUGGAUGCAGGCAAAACAAGUUGACUUUAGUCCAGAAGAAUUAGUAGCAUUUGAGGAAGAACUGAGGCAUUUUGAGCAUAAACUCAAGAAACAUGCUGAUAUGACAAAGGAAUUUGAAGAAACUGUCAAAGAUUAUAAAAAGAGUGGCAAAGACAUCCCUUUGAAAGUUGAAAAAAUGGAUGAGAAAAACAGGGACUAUGCCAAAAAGAUAAAGAAGCAUCACACAGAGCUGCAAAGGAAAAUAGACAAGAGGCACAUAGAGUUAUAGCCUUAAUAUAUACCAGCUGCCAAAGAUUUGAUGUUUCUUUUUAAAUAUAUUCACAUUUCAAAUUAGAACCAAAUAUUUGUAUGAUGGUAAUAAUUAAUCAAGGAAGUGAAUUUAACAUGGAGAAAAUACACAAACAUUAAAAAGGUAUAUUUGACACCAUUUCUGAAACUUUUUACAGUGUUUAUUUUACAUGAAGAAAAUAUUUAACAUGCAGCUGAUUUCCCAAAUAGAUCUGACAAAAGGAAUGCAGCUUCAGCAUUAAAAUAAUUAACUUUCUGCAAUUCCAUGGUGCUUUCUUAGUUUGUUAAUGAGGUGUUUGUGUACUAUUUCUAGAGUACAAUUAAUGUACUGGACACAUUUUUGCAAUAUUUUUUGUAAGCAAGCAUUUUAAAAAUUUGCAUUUCUUCCAAAUACAUUUUUUAUUCUUGUUACUUACAUCUUUUAGAAUAAAGAAAGUUUUCCUAGUAGGAAUUGUUUGCUCAGUAAAACAAUUCAUCUGGUCUCCAUUAAGCCAACAAUGCCUCUUAGCCAACUAAUUUAAAUUUUUCAAAGAAUAUCGAGGGGUACUAUGAUGCUUUUUUUCAGCCUUCACAAUGCCCUUGGACCAGAAUCCAUUUUUCUUAACUUUCCAAGCAUACUAUAAUUCAAAGUGAA